CAGCGGCGAAAAAGCCACUCCGGGGGCCGGGGCGUGCGCCCCGUCGGUCCCGGCGAUGCGCGACUGGCGGAUCCUGGUGGAGGCCGUGCUGCGGCCCGGGCGCGUCGAGGACGUGGCCGUGGUGGGGCACUCCGCCAACCGCUGCGUCUGGGCCUCCCGGCCCGGGGGGCUGCUGGCCGCCAUCUCCCCGCAGGAGGUGGGCGUGCUGACCGGGCCGGACCGCCGGUCCUUCCUGCUGGCGGGCUUCCGCCUGGCCGGCCGCCGCUGCUAUGUCAUCCGAGACCACCUGCUGCUGGACGGCGACGGGGUCCUGGACGGCCGGACGGCGGGGCCGGAGGGGCGGGCCGUGUGCGUGGGCCGCACCCCCAAGGUCCUGGUCGUGCUGCUGGGCCGGAGGGGCGUCCACGGCGGGUUGCUCAACAAGACCGCCCACAGCCUCAUCCGGCUCCUCAAAUCCCAAGGCACCUAGGCCGAGGCCGACGGCCGGGCCCCGAGCCGAAAUAAAGCCCCUAUAACCCAAGGCCAGCUUCUCUCGGCUGGGCCCGGGACCGCACCGACUCUGCCAGGCCCAAGGAGGGGAAUGGGUUGGAAUGAUAAUAGUAAUAAUAAUGAUGAUCUUCGUUAA